CCCGCCUUUUAACAUUGAGUGAACCGGCCCUGAACAGGACCAGACUGAUGCUGACUGAUUUGCCUUGUUGACGGAGAUGUGAGUUUGUCAGUGCACGUCUUUUAUUAAAUAUGAAUUUAGACACUUCAGAUCAGAAUAAACCAAAAGCCACGUUCGAUCCGGGAUGGAACGAUCCACCUACCUUUUCUUACGAUGCGACAAAAAUUACCGCCCAACCGGGAAAACGUGGAACACUCCUGAAUAAACGCGUGGCAUUUCCUAUGAGCCCUAGCACAGGAGGAUGUACUUCCACACAAUCGCCCAGUGGUGUGAGUGAACAACCUCCUUUACGACCUCCCAUCGGUCCACCCUGCAAUGCACCUUCUGGAGCACCACCACCAGUUCUUACUGGUGUCCCUGCCUCCCUUCUGAAUUCAGAUUCAUGUGACAGCGAAGAAGCCCUUCAAAAGGGUGUUGAUAUUUUAUGUCAAAUUGUUGAUACACUUCCUCCAGAUGACAAGAGACAAAAAGAUGAUAUAAAAAAGAGACUUGACGUGUUGCGGAAAAUGUGUAAAGAGGAUAAAUUGAAUCCCGACAUUUAUGGGCGACUUGUGCAAUUAGCAAGUGCAUUACAGAACGGUGACACAGCAGCUGCUUGCAACAUUCAGGCUGGCCUGAUGGUGGAUCAUGUGGGUUUGUGCAGUUCCUGGAUGGCAGGAGUACGUCUUUUGGUGAGACGUAAAGCCGACCCAGAUUCCUAAAUCAAUGAAGUAUUGACUCUUCGUAGAUCGCCAAACUUCCAGUUUCUUCCGCUCCUCCAAUGAACCAGAGUUCAUUAAUUAUCACAGCUUUUAGGUGCAUUGGGUCAUUUUACCUCCCACAAUAUCUGCACCUCUGAUUCUUUAUGUGUUCAGUAUUAUCCACCUAUUUUUGUUAAUUUUGAAAUAGUUUGAUAUGUGUGAAAGAAAAUAUAUAUUUUAUGAUAUGUGUAGCACAAGUAUGUAUGUUGAGUAUUUCAUGAAAUGUGAAUAAAUGUGUUUUUGAUUGUUGGUGAAAUUACUUUA